GUUGUCUUGUAAAACAACUAAUUGCGCAUCUGAAAUAUUUCGAAAAGUGCUUAAAAAUGUGUAAGUCAGUGAUUAUUUUUGCUGCCUUUUGCGUAUUUUUAGUCAACGCAAACUUAGAUACAACUGAGGUAAGCAAAACAACCGUGUGCCCUUGUGUCAAUACAAAGGAGUACAGACCAGUAUGUGCCAGCGACAAAAAGACGUAUAGUAAUCCGGGAGAAGUUAGGUGUGCCAAUCAGUGCCAGGGCAAAAAUUUGACAAUCGUAUCUGAAGGAAAAUGCCCCUGUUCGUGUAUAAAUACGGAAGAAUACAUGCCAGUGUGUGCAAGCGACGGAAAGACGUAUAGUAAUCCUGGAGAAGUUAAAUGUGCUAAUAAGUGCGAGGGAAAAAAUUUGACAAUCGUAUCUGAAGGAAAAUGCCCCUGUUCGUGUAUAAAUACAUUGGAGUACAGGCCAGUGUGUGCCAGCGACAAUAAGACUUACGGUAAUCCGGGAGAAGUUAAAUGUGCUAAUAAGUGCGAGGGAAAAGAUUUGACAAUCGUAUCUGAAGGAAAAUGUCCCUGUUUGUGUGCAAACACGCUGGAGUACAUGCCAGUGUGUGCAAGCGACGGAAAGACGUAUAGUAAUCCUGGAGAAGUUAAAUGUGCUAAUAAGUGCGAGGGAAAAGGUUAG